AUGUCAAUGGCGGAUGUUGGCGCAGGAGGUGAAGAUGUUGUUGUUACUUUUGAUGGGAUUGCAAUACUUACUCCAAGGUGCCGAUACAAUGUUGAACUUCAUCUGUCAUUUUUGCGGCUCCAAGGACAAGCAAACGAUUUCAAAAUUCAGUACAGCAGUGUUGUUCGUCUUUUUCUACUGCCUAAGUCUAACCAACCACACACGUUUGUUAUCGUUACUCUUGAUCCACUCAUCCGAAAAGGCCAGACUUUGUACCCACAUAUAGUGUUGCAGUUUGAAACAGAUUAUGUGGUAGAAAGCACAUUGUCUGUGAAGGAAGAUCUUUUGAAUACCAAGUACAAGGACAAGUUAGAACCAACAUAUAAGGUAAAUAUUUAA